UGAGUGUGAGUUCUGUGAGCAUCUCUGUGGAGGGGAUGACAUGUAGUUCGUGCGUUUGGACCAUUGAGCAGCAGAUUGGAAAACUGAACGGUGUGCAUCACAUUAAAGUCUCGCUGGAAGAAAAAAAUGCAACUAUUAUUUAUGACCCUAAACUACAGACUGCAGAGACCAUGCAGGAAGCUAUCGACGACAUGGGCUUCGAUGCUAUUCUCCACAAUCCCCACCCUGUCCCUGUUUCAACCGACACCGUGUGUCUGAGAGUUCCUGGUUCUCUGAAUGCACCGUGGGACCAUAUCCAAAGCACAUUGCUCAGGGCCAAGGGUGUCACAGACAUUAAUAUUUCCCCUCAGCAAAGAAGUGCAGUGGUGACAAUAAUCCCUUCUUUAGUGAAUGCCGAUCAGAUAAUGGAGCUGGUUCCCGAUCUCAGUUUCGAUACUGGAACUGUGGAGAAAAAGUCAGGGACCUGUGAAGAUUACAGGGUGGCUCCAGCAGGUGAAGUCAAGCUGAAGAUGAAAGUGGAGGGGAUGACCUGCCAUUCGUGCACAAGCACCAUUGAAGGGAAAAUAGGGAAACUGCAGGGUGUUCAGCAAAUUAAAGUCUCCCUGGACAACCAAGAAGCUACUGUUGUUUAUCAACCUCAUCUUAUCACAGGAGAGGAAAUCAAGAAGCAGAUUGAAGCUGCGGGCUUUCCAGCAUUCAUCAAAAAACAGCCCAAGUACCCCAAGUUGGGAGCUAUUGAUAUAGAACGUCUGAAAAACACCCCAGUCAAAUCCUCAGAAGGAUCACAGCCAAGGAGUCUAGCAUGUGCCGAUGAUUAUUCCACAGCUGUUUUCACCAUAGAUGGCAUGCAUUGUAAAUCAUGCGUGUCAAACAUUGAAAGUGCUUUAUCUACACUCCAAUAUGUAAGCAGCAUAGCAGUUUCUUUAGAGAAUAGAUCUGCCGUCGUCAAGUACAAUGCAAACUUAGUCACUCCAGAAGCCCUGAGAAAAGCAAUAGAGGCCGUACCACCAGGACAAUAUAGAGUUAAUAUUACAAGUGGAGCUGACAGUACCUCAAACUCUCCUUCCAGCUCCUGUCUGCAGAAGCUUCCCUUAAACGUAGUUAGCCAGCCCCUGACUCAAGAAACCGUGAUAAACAUCGAUGGCAUGACUUGUAACUCUUGUGUGCAGUCUAUUGAGGGUUUCAUAUCAAAAAAGGCAGGGGUGAAAUCCAUACUAGUAUCCCUCGCAAACAGCAAUGGAACUGUAGAAUACGACCCUCUAGUAACCUCUCCAGAAACUUUGAGGAAAGCAAUAGAAGACAUGGGAUUUGAUGCUACCUUGCCAGAUACAAACGAGCCAUUGGUAGUAAUAGCUCAGCCCUCAUCGGAAAUGCCACAUUUGACCCCAACUAAUGAAUUUCAUACUAAAAUGAUGACACCAAUUCAUGACAAGGAGGAUGUAAAGACUUCAUCUAAGUGUUACAUACAGGUCACUGGUAUGACCUGUGCUUCCUGUGUAGCAAACAUUGAACGGAAUUUAAGACGAGAAGAAGGAAUAUAUUCUGUACUGGUGGCUCUGAUGGCUGGCAAGGCAGAAGUAAGAUAUAAUCCUGCUGUUAUACAACCCCCGAUGAUAGCUGAGUUCAUCCGAGAGCUUGGAUUUGGAGCCACUGUGAUAGAAAAUGCUGAUGAAGGGGAUGGUGUUUUGGAACUUAUUGUGAGAGGAAUGACGUGUGCAUCCUGUGUACAUAAAAUAGAAUCUACCCUCACAAAGCACAGAGGGAUUUUCUACUGCUCUGUGGCCCUGGCAACCAACAAAGCACAUAUUAAAUAUGAUCCAGAAAUUAUUGGUCCCAGAGAUAUUAUCCAUACAAUUGAAAACUUAGGUUUCGAGGCAUCUUUGGUCAAGAAGGAUCGGUCAGCAAGCCACCUAGACCAUAAACGAGAGAUAAGACAAUGGAGACGGUCCUUCCUUGUGAGCCUGUUUUUCUGUAUUCCUGUCAUGGGGCUGAUGAUAUAUAUGAUGGUUGCGGACCACCACCUUGCAACCCUUCACCAUAAUCAGAACAUGAGUCAAGAAGAAAUGGUCAAUAUUCAUUCUUCUAUGUUCCUGGAGCGCCAGAUCCUGCCAGGAUUGUCCAUUAUGAAUUUGCUUUCCUUUAUAUUGUGUGUACCUGUGCAGUUUUUUGGAGGCUGGUACUUCUACAUUCAGGCCUACAAAGCACUGAAGCAUAAAACUGCAAAUAUGGACGUACUGAUUGUGCUGGCCACCACCAUUGCAUUCGUCUACUCUUUGGUUAUCCUGCUUGUAGCAAUGUAUGAGAGAGCCAAAGUGAACCCUAUUACUUUCUUUGACACACCUCCUAUGCUAUUUGUGUUUAUUGCGCUAGGCCGGUGGCUGGAACAUAUAGCAAAGGGCAAGACAUCAGAGGCUCUUGCCAAGCUAAUUUCACUGCAAGCUACAGAAGCAACUAUUGUAACUCUUGACUCUGAUAAUAUCCUCUUGAGUGAAGAACAAGUGGAUGUGGAACUUGUACAACGUGGAGACAUCAUUAAAGUGGUCCCAGGAGGCAAAUUUCCAGUGGAUGGCCGUGUCAUCGAAGGACAUUCUAUGGUAGAUGAGUCCCUCAUCACAGGGGAGGCAAUGCCUGUGGCCAAGAAAUCUGGGAGCACAGUGAUUGCUGGUUCCAUCAACCAGAAUGGGUCACUGUUCAUCCGCGCAACCCAUGUCGGAGCGGACACAACCCUUUCUCAAAUUGUCAAACUUGUGGAGGAGGCACAAACCUCAAAGGCUCCUAUCCAGCAGUUUGCAGACAAACUCAGUGGCUACUUUGUUCCUUUUAUUGUUAUAAUUUCCAUUGUUACCCUCUUGGUUUGGAUUAUAAUUGGAUUUCUGCAUUUUCAAGUUGUCGAAACCUACUUUCCUGUGAAGGUAGUGGUGUUUGAUAAGACUGGAACCAUUACCCAUGGAACCCCAGUGGUGAGUCAAGUAAAGGUUCUAGUGGAAAGUAACAGAAUAUCCCGCACUAAGAUCCUGGCCAUUGUGGGAACUGCUGAGAGUCACAGUGAGCACCCUCUGGGAGCAGCUGUGACCAAAUACUGCAAGCAGGAGCUGGCCACCGAAACCUUGGGUACCUGCAUAGACUUCCAGGUUGUGCCAGGCUGUGGUAUUAGCUGUAAAGUCACCAAUAUCGAAGGCUUGCUACAAAAGAAUAACUGGAAGAUAGAGGAAAACAAUGUGAAAAAUGCAUCCCUGGUGCAGAUUGAUGCAAGUGAUGAACAGUUAUCAACUUCAUCUUCCAUGAUUAUUGAUGCCCCGCUCUCAAAUGCUGUUAACGCUCAGCAGUACAAAGUCCUCAUUGGUAACCGGGAGUGGAUGAUUAGAAAUGGUCUCAUCAUUAAUAAUGACGUAGAUGACUACAUGACUGAACAUGAGCGAAAGGGUCGGACUGCUGUCUUGGUGGCAGUUGAUGAUGUGCUGUGUGGCCUGAUAGCGAUUGCGGACACAGUGAAGCCCGAAGCGGAGCUGGCUGUCCAUAUCCUGAAAUCUAUGGGCUUAGAAGUUGUCCUCAUGACUGGAGACAACAGCAAGACGGCUAGGUCUAUUGCUUCUCAGGUCGGCAUCACUAAGGUAUUUGCUGAAGUUCUACCUUCCCACAAGGUUGCUAAGGUGAAGCAACUUCAAGAGGAGGGGAAACGGGUAGCAAUGGUAGGAGAUGGAAUCAAUGACUCCCCUGCUCUUGCCAUGGCCAAUGUUGGAAUUGCCAUCGGCACGGGCACAGAUGUAGCCAUUGAAGCAGCCGACGUGGUUUUGAUAAGGAAUGAUCUUCUGGACGUAGUAGCAAGUAUUGAUUUAUCAAGGAAGACAGUCAAGAGGAUUCGGAUAAACUUCGUCUUCGCUCUAAUUUAUAAUCUGGUUGGAAUCCCCAUAGCUGCUGGAGUGUUUAUGCCCGUUGGUUUGGUUCUGCAGCCCUGGAUGGGGUCUGCUGCUAUGGCCGCUUCAUCUGUCUCAGUAGUGCUUUCUUCUCUCUUCCUGAAACUGUACAGGAAACCAACUUAUGAGAAUUACGAACUGCGUGCCCGAAGCCCGAUGGGACAGAAGAGCCUUUCACAAAUCAGCGUUCACGUCGGAAUAGACGACACCUCAAGAAAUUCUCCGAAACUGGGUUUGCUGCACCGCAUUGUGAAUUACAGCAGAGCCUCCAUCAACUCCCUGUGGUCGGAUAAACGGUCCUUAACCAGCAUUGCUACCAGUGAACCCGACAAGCACUCGCUCCUGGUGGGAGAAUGCAGGGAAGAAGACGACACCGCGUUGUAACAGGCCUCAGGGAGCAGCCCCACGAGCGCCUGUCCACGUGCACUGACUCACCACUCACCACCGUCACCUUCGCCUUGCAAAAUAUUGAGGAAGGACUUGGUGUUGGUCUUAUACUAGGGAUUUUAUUUGCAUCGCAUUUUUCCAGAUGGCAACAAUAUCUUUAUCAGGGCAUCAACGCUCUGAAGCCAGCUUUAUUUAGAGUGAAUUUGCAAUCUCUUGUUUUGUUUUCCCUAGCAACAGGUAAAGUAAGCCAGUGAGCUUUACAGCAAGCCAGCAAGUCCUACCAUUGAAGAUUGCCAAACUGCCGCUAAAGUGAUAGAUCAUUUGUUUUAGUUGAGGCGGGGGGAGCUGAAGGAGACAGGAAUUAAAUAUUUGAAGAUUUCAGAGUAUGAUCCCGAGGAGCUUCUUGAGCACUGAUCCCUGCCAGAUGGGGAACUGCGGCUUUCAAAGCGUUGUAUAAAGCAUCUAGUUUUAGAAAGAAAACAGUAGAAACUGUUUAAACAUAGAUGUGCCUUAAUUAUUACUGGCUUGAUCCCCGCCCCCCGCCUUAUUCUCCCUGCACCUAGGUCCUUGCAGUUGCUUUCGUAGAUGACCCAGUAUGUUUUCUUUUGUAAUUUCCUUUGAGGAAGCUAAGUGUGGGUAGUUUUUUCAAUGAUAAAAAUAACUGACAAUUUUUCCAGUAUCUUAUUCCUUUCUUUAUCUUGUAGUUCGAACAUCCUUAAAGGUAGCGUGCCCUGCUUCCCCUCUUUCCCUUGUAAAAAGCAUAGCAGAUUCUUCCUGCAGUGACUCCCAAGCUUGGCGGAAGCUUCCGAUUCACUCCUCUCUGAGUUCAAGCGCUAAGUUGUUCUGUCAGCAUCGAUGCCCAAACUGAAGAUUUUGAGCCUCUUCCACGGUUGUUUUCAAAGAUCAAAGAUUUUUUUAAACCACGUUCAACAUAUACGGGUCAUAAAAUUACCUGGACUCACUAAAUCUGUCCCUUUUUUAAAAAUAAGACCAUAGCUGGUAGAUAUAAUUUAAUAGAUUUUAAUUGUCUUUUAGUGUUUUAGGUAAGCCCUCAAAAUGACUUUAAAAUAAUGCUAUUACACAAAACUGCUUUUUACCAAAAAUACAAUAAAUUAUAAUACUGAAAUGAGAAUUUCCCUAGGUUGUGAUACCUUUCAGGCAAAUCUGUACUUUUCUCUAGUUUAAAACAUUUGCACUUGCUAAUUAGUUAGUGUGAUUGGCAAAUUCAGGGGCUUGUUGUCAUUGCCAUAUCAAUUUAGAAAUUCCCCUGUAAGUGCCUGGGAGAUAAUACACUACUGGCCAGAGAUCUGGUACUUGUCUUGCUAUUGAAAUUCCCUUGUUAAUUGUGAGAUGGAUUUCUUAUGUAGAAUACAUAAGUGAAGAGAACUCAUAAGUGAAUUUCCAAUGUUUUGUUCCCACUGCCAUUUGUAAAACUGCUAGCACAGUGCCUAGCACAUACAGUUGGUAAUCAGUAAAUGUUAGUUCUUUUCUCUGCUUGAGGUCAGUAAUAACGAUUAAAAAUCAUUUUGAUAGGACAGAGUGCAAUCAGGUGGGAGUAGAAGAUGGGUGUCUUCCCAGCCUACUUCCUUUCUCUGUUAUCUUUUCACACACACACACACACACACACACACACACACAAAGAAGUUUACAACAUUAUUCCAUGCUGUCUUUGUAGAUUCAGAAAAGAUCUCAUUUUUAUCUCAGCUAUUUUAGAGAGAGCUGAAACUUCAUGAAGGUGCUAUUAAUCUAGAAAGGCAAACCCAUUUUAAUGAAGUGUGAAUGAGUUUGUAGUCUAGGCCUUUCCUUAGACCAAUGCCUAUGCUACCUUCCAUGCUACUGGUUUGAGUUUUAACAUUUUCUUCCUUUCAUUCCAAUGGCCUAGCAUACCUAGAAGAAACACUUAAUAUGACAGGCAUAUAUUAGAGUUUUCAAAAAAGAAGCCCACCUCUCUCUCUCACUGUCACUCUUACUUUUUUCCUCUCUCUGAAGCACUUGAAUAUAGCUAGUUACUGCUUUUAUUGUUCUGGGCAUGUUUGAGCUGUGCUCUUGGCCCUGCCUGCCAAGGGACCCAAGUCACAGGAUAGUGGAAGGAGCAGCCUGUAGUGGGGGAAAUUAAGGAUCUCGUUCCAGCCCUUACUGCCAGAGCAGAAAACAUGCUCUUUAGAAAGUAUCCAGCUUUAAAUGUCUGUAAGCAUCUUUGAAUGCUCUCCCACAAGUCUCGUUUGCAAUCUUGAACUCCUGUUAGCUUCACAGAGCAGCCGUAUUCAUGGGAGAGAGAAGCAGUACAUGGAGGGGGGGACCCAAAAUAUGGUUUUCAGUUAGUUGUAACUAGCGUUAAAUAACUAGUUACUAGUGAGAACAAAGUUUAUAAGUGUGUCUAUGUGUGUGUGUGUUUAUAUCUGUAUAUAAACACACACACACAUAUUACCAUAUAGAAAGAAACUAAAUUGGCAGUGGUCCUGCUUUACCCACGCAGAACAUGUUCCCAGACCACCAUACAUGCCUGAAACCAUGGACAAUACUAAACGCUACACAUACUAUGCUUUUCCCUAUCAUAUGUUCUUUUCACUUAAACGAAGCACUUUAUCAUUUCUCUUGGGCAUAUCUGAAUUGCCAGCAUCUCUACUCUUGUACUUUGGGGCCAUUAUUAAGUAACAUGAGGGCAACUGGAACACAAGCACUGUGAUACCGUGACCGUCAAUCUGGUAAAUGACAUGACUACUGAGGGACUUCGUGGGCAGGGAGCAGAUAUAGUGUGGAGAUGCAGGACAGAGGGAUGAUUCAGGUCUCAGGUUGGACAGACUGAGACAGCACGAGAUUUCAUCACGUUACUCAGAAUGGCACACAAUUGAAAACUUAUGAAUCGUCUUUUUUCUUGGAAUUUUUCAUUGAAGAUUUUCAGACCACAAUUGACUGUAGAUAACCGAUAGGGGGAGAGUGAAGCUGAAGGUACUGAGGGACUACUGUGUAUUUGAAUUUGAUAUUUGAGGUUCUUUAUUUGUUAUUCAUUUAUCAUUUCUUCUGUAUUCACUCAGCAACCAUGUCCUCAGGCUGAAGUGAACAGGGUGUUUUGAUAUUCAGUGCUUGUUCAGACUCAACUAUGGGGCACAUUUUAUCUUAAAUAUCCAAAGAUGCCUUUUGAACUUCAAAGAUUAAAACACACCUAAAGUACUUAGUGUUGUAGUCUACAGGAGUGUGGUUGUCAUUUGUGAAACUAGAAAUGUUAUUUUUCCUAGUUUAGUAUCAACAUUUUAGUGUUAAAUUUGAUGCCUUGUGAACAAAUACUUUUAUAUUGUGCUGUAACUUUUUAAAAGUUAUUCUUUUGUCCAGAAUGCUUAAAUAACACUGUAGACAGAUAUUUCCAAAAAUUUAAGCGUGCAUAUCUUUCAUGUACACAGCUUAAAAUAAAGAAUGUAUGUUCUUAGAGAAUUUUUUCCAUUACUUGUGGAUCUUGCUUUAAAAAUAUUUUUCUUCAUAUUUAUUUUACUCUGUUGUUAUUUUCUGUGGCUGAGGCAUCUGGUUACUGGUUAUUUUAAUGAGAAUAAAAACAUUCCUGGAAUCAUUCCCUUUGGAUUUUUUGGUUGUUUCUUACUUUUCUAUCACUAAGAAUGUUAUUUUACCAAAUACAAAAAUAUAUAAAUUCAUGCCAAAUGAUUAGCUCUUUUUACACUAAAUGUUUGUAGUCCUUCUGCAAGUUUAUCUGGUAUGAGUAGCCAGAUAAAGCACACAAGCAGGAAUUCUUGUUCUUCAUUUAAAAGAGCUUCUGUCAUGGCAUCGAUAAUAAAUGCCUUUUGUAGCCAAAACCAGGCGUCUCAACCUUAUGUUUUUUGGUUCAAGAAAUGUUUAACUGAACAUUGUUAAACAUUGAUUGUUUGCUACCCAAACAGCAGUGGGCGAUGUUGUGCAAUAAUCAUCUACCAGAGUCAAGUUAUUUAGUAGUUUGUUUUCCCAUAAGCAUGUAAUUGAUCAUAUUUUGAUCUGCCAAGGAUGUGCC